UUCUUGUCUCUAUUCACCAUUUUUGGCUUCUUCUUUCUCUCUCUAUCUCUCUGUCUCUCUCUUUCGCACGUAUUUGAACGUAUAUACAUAUAUAUGCUACAACCACCUGCAACCGUGCUAGGAGACAGCGCCAUUCCAAUACCUUCCUUCUGCCAGUGUUGUCAAGAAUCAACCCACCCGUACCAAUUCCCAUAUAUCACCGGAUUCCAUGUCCAUUUUCUAUCCUAUUUCAUAGCACACACACCGACGAACAAGUUUCGAGAAGCGGAAAAGAUUGUGAUGAAUAUUAUAUAGGAGCAAAAGUAAAAGAACAGAUAGUUGUGUGAGGCUUUGAAGAAGAAGAAGAGACAGAAACAGAGUGUGUGGGUCAGCCAAAGUGUGAGGUGUGAAGAAGAACAAGAGAGAAGAUGCUGACGUGUAUAACGUGCUCAAAGCAGCAGGUAGACGAUGGAGGCGAGGAAGUGGGGGCGCGUGGGGCACCCGCCACCAAAGACGCCGUCAAAACCCUCACCACGCAGAUGAAGGACAUGGCGUUGAAAGUUUCUGGGUCUUCAAAGGGAAAGCCACCCACAGGGCCAGGGAACAAAGGGUACAACUACAGAGCCUACACAGAUUAUGACACCACAUUAUCUAAAGGAAUCAAAUAUCCUUACACGAUACAACCACCUGAAAGUUCAAGUUCAGUCCCUCCAGUUUGGGAUGGGGGAUAUGAACCCCCUCGACAAUCCGGUCAUUUGGUUUUGGAUGAGGAUGAUGACCCUAUAGAAUGGAUGGCUCAAGUGGAGCCUGGUGUUCAAAUUACAUUUGUGUCCUUGCCUAAUGGUGGAAACGACCUCAAACGGAUUCGAUUCAACCGAGAGAUGUUUGACAAAUGGCAAGCGCAAAGAUGGUGGGGAGAGAAUUAUGAUAGAAUUAUGGAGCUGUACAAUGUGCAGAGGUUCAAUUGUCAAGCGCUUGACACGCCUUCUAGGUCCGAGGAUGGAGGGAGGGAUUCGUGUUAUUCGAAGCUUGGAUCGGUGAAGGACAGCCCGAUGAUGAACACGAUGAGGAACCAUCAGUAUAAUAAUGUGGGUCCUGGUGGGGGUGGUGUGUAUGGUGGGCCAUCGUCAAUGUCCAUGGAUGCAUCGAGGACCACGACAUCGUCGCGAGAUGAGGCGGGGUCGGUUUCGAUUAGUAAUGCGAGUGAUGUUGAUUCGGAGUGGAUAGAGGAAGACGAGCCUGGUGUUUAUAUUACAAUCAGACAAUUGGUGGAUGGAACACGUGAGCUUCGGCGUGUCAGAUUCAGUCGUGAGAAGUUUGGGGAAGUGCAUGCAAAGCAAUGGUGGGAACAAAACCGGGAGAGAAUACAAUCUCAAUACCUUUAACAACAACGAGGAUGGAUAUACUACUACUAAAAACUCCAAUCUAACGAUAUACUAAGAUUUUUCUUUCUGUUUUGUCAUCCAUUUCAAACAGACUUGUGUUGUGUUGUGUUGUUGGUAUAGCCCUGGUUUUGGGCAUUCUUAUACUUAGCCACCCAUAUUUUAUUU